AUGAUAACAGACAAAAGAGCUGUUGAGGACUCAGGCGUCCCUAAAAAUAAGAAAGCAAAAAUCGCCAGGGUAAAAAAUAAAAUGCCAGCUGCUGUGCAAAUAACAGCUGAACAGCUUCUACGAGAAGCUAAAGAAAGAGAACUUGAAGUCACGCCGAAGGCUCCACAACAGAAAAUUACUAGUCUCUCUGAAUUAAGAGAUUUUCAACUGCGUAAAAGGAAGGAUUAUGAAGAUAACAUCAGGAAGAACAGAUUGGCUAUGCAAAAUUGGAUUAAGUAUGCAAAGUUUGAGGAAACUCAGGGUGAACUUCAAAGGGCUCGUUCAGUUUUUGAGCGUGCUUUGGAUGUGGAUUACCGAAAUGUGGGUCUUUGGCUUAAGUAUGCCGAGAUGGAAAUGCGCCAUAAACAGGUGAAUCAUGCCCGAAACUUGUGGGAUCGGGCUGUUACUUUAAUGCCUCGAGCUAAUCAGUUCUGGUACAAAUAUACGUAUAUGGAGGAGACGCUUGGUAAUGUUGCUGGUGCCCGACAGAUAUUCGAGAGGUGGAUGGAAUGGCAGCCAGAAGAACAGGCUUGGCAUGCUUAUAUUAAUUUCGAACUUCGAUAUAAAGAGAUGGAUAGAGCACGUUUAGUUUAUGAAAGAUAUAUCCUUUUUAAUUCAGUAUAUCUUAUUCAUCCUGAACCAAAAAACUGGAUUAAGUAUUCAAAAUUUGAGGAAAGAAAUGGUUUUAUCAACUCAGCUCGUCUGGUAUUCGAGAGAGCAGUAGAGUUUUUUGGGACAGACAAUCCUCAGGCUCGUUUGCUGAUUGAUUUUGCUCGGUUUGAAGAACGUCAAAAAGAGUAUGAACGUGCACGCGUUAUUUAUAAGUAUGCACUCGAAAAUUUACCAAAGGAUGAUUGUCAAGAGAUUUACAAGGCUUAUACACUUCAUGAGAAAAAGUAUGGUGAUCGUUUAGCGAUUGAAGAUGUUAUUCUAAGCAAACGAAAGUUCCAAUAUGAAGAAGAAGUCCAAGCAAACCCUCAUAAUUAUGAUGUAUGGUUCGAUUAUGUUCGUUUGAUGGAAGAAGAGGGUUCAAUCGAACAAACACGAGAAAUUUAUGAACGUGCUAUUGCAAAUGUACCACCGAUCAAAGAAAAACGAUAUUGGCGACGGUAUAUUUAUCUUUGGUUGAAUUAUGCACUAUAUGAGGAACUAUCAGCAAUCGAUAUAGAACGAACACGUCAAGUCUACAGAUUUUGCUUGAAGUUAAUACCACACAGACGUUUCACAUUUGCUAAAAUUUGGUUAUAUGCAGCAAAGUUCGAAAUUCGUCAAAAGAAAUUAACAGAUGCUAGAAAACUACUGGGUACCGCCUUAGGUAUGUGUCCAAAAGAUAAACUAUUCCGUGGUUACAUAGAAUUGGAGAUCCAGUUGAGAGAAUUCGAUAGAUGUCGUAAAUUAUAUGAAAAAUUCUUGGAAUUUUCUCCGGAAAACUGUACUACAUGGAUGAGGUAUGCUGAAUUGGAAAGUCUUCUGGGUGAGACAGAUCGCGCACGAGGUAUUUAUGAAUUAGCGAUUAACAGAACAUUGCUGGAUAUGCCAGAGUUAUUAUGGAAAGCCUAUAUUGACUUCGAGAUUGAACAGUAUGAUUGGGAACGUGCUCGGUCACUUUAUCGAAGACUGCUAAAUCGAACAAAACACGUCAAGGUUUGGUUAAGUCUUGCAAACUUUGAAUUAUGUGCGUUGAACAAACUCACAGCCGCUGAUCUAGAUGAUGAAGAUUUAGAACAUUUGAAAGAUGUUGAACUGGACAAAGAAACACUGAUACAUGAACAUAACGAAAACGAAAUCAACAAAGCAAUAGAACGUUCACGUAAAGUCUAUCAAGAAGCGAAUAAAUCUCUAAAAUACACAGAAGAUAAAGAGCAACGCGUUCGAUUACUUGAAGCUUGGAAAGAAUUUGAGUAUGAAUACGGAACUGAAAAAACACAACGAGAUGUUGACAAACUACAGCCUCAGAAGGUCAUUCGCAGUCGCCGACUUGGUGACGAACGUAGCGGUUGGGAAGAAUAUGUUGAGUAUACAUUCCCCGAUACAGAUGCAGAAAAGCCAAAUCAAAAACUGCUUACAAUGGCUGCUAGAUGGGCAGAACAAAUGGAGAGGAAGAAAGCCGCUGCAGAGGCCGAAGGUAAAGAGGACAGUGAUUCUAGUGAAGAGUCUGAAGAAGAGGAGGAAGAUGAAUUACAAGGUGAUGAAGAUGAUAAUCGUAUUCCUGAAAGAGAGCCUACAUGGUUCGAUCGAAAAAACAAAGAAGAGAUUGAAAUCGAUGAAGAGAGUGAUUAG